AUAUGCAAGUGCGAGGAUGAGAUGGUAAGAGGCAGACAAAAAGUGACAGAGGGAGUAACUGAGACAGACAGGAAGUCUUUCAGCAGUAGUUAGCCACCUCACACACAGCGUUCAGUGACAGCAGUGAAGUGUGUUAGAGGUGGAGGAGCCGGUAGACUGCUUUAACUUAGUAGAUACCUGAUGGCGUCUGGCAGAGCGGACGAACAGCCACCAGCUCUACCUGUCAAACAGCACAGACGUUUCAGUGCUGAGUCUGACUGCACUUUGCUCAGCCCUGUUGGACUCCAGCAUCAAAACUAUGCAUACAAUGAUGUCUUCCCUGAACCUACCGACUGUCAUGCAGCCCAGUGCCCCAUACACCAGCGCUACGAUCCCUCCAGACACCAGCUGAGAUUUUUCUCCGAUGACAUCCCGCCGCCUGUCCCGAAGAAGAGGUUAGCUCGGACCCUCUCCCACCCCGGCAUAAAUGUGCCUUCACCGUCACCUCUGUCUCCCUUCUUACCUCUGCAAAGACAACCUCAAAACUUUGACAACCCCCUGUACAUGAUGGCACCCAUACCUGCCACUUAUUUCCACGAGGAGACGGAAGAGAUUGAAGCACCCAGAAAGAGUCCUGUCCCCUCACUGUCCAUCUCCCAGCUGUCUUUUGACACUCCAGACGAACACCUGCCCUUUCUCUUCAGCGGCUUCACCGACCAGAGGGUUGUUUCUCAGGGGAUUCAGCACCGCCAGCUACUCUUUCUCAGAAGCAUGGCACAGAGCGUGGAGGCCGGGAGCCUGCUGCAGGGAGAGGCCUCAGGCAGGGACGUCAGCUCAUACCAGCCUCAAGAUUUCCUGCUGUGUGAGUGCAGCACACCAAAGCAGGUUGGAGUCACAAUUUACUACAGCCUGCAGAGCCCCAAGUUCCCAGGGAGACUGCUCGGUUUGAGGGUACACAAACAGACUGAAGCCUCAACUUGCACCAAACAUCAUCCAUCGCAUGUCAACGUGCAAGAUGUUAUUGCCUCUUUUCAACCCAGUAAAAACAACGCUGUCACUUUGCAAACUGAGGAUCCCAGAGCAGCCUCUUCUGCUAAACCACCAGGUGGAAGUAGCACAGAGUCCAUGAAUGCAAGAGUCCCUACAGUUCAGGUUUUCCUACAGAAAGGUCAUACUGUGAGCGUUGAGAGAGACCUGCCACAAGCCACUCUAAAGGACUUUGUUCAGCUGCAGAGCUCCGAGUGUUUAGAUUAUGACAGACAGGUUUGUGUUCUGCUGCUGCAGAUUUUAAUGGGCUCACACCAUCUGUACCACAACAGUGCUGCAGCAGCUGAGCUCAGGCCCCAGGAGAUCCUCCUGGUGUGGCCCAGCAGGCAGAAGGACAAGAGGGAGAAAAGGGAAAUGGAGUGGGAAAUGAUGGAAGAACCAUGUAGGAUCCAGAUGUCAUGGAGGACACAUGGUUCUCCUCGUGUGGUGCUGAGGCCACAGUCUUCUGCUCUUUCUCUACCUCAACCCCUUACUGCCAUUAAACUCCAGAUUGCAGCGUUAAUUCCGUUCUGCCUGCACCCACAAGAGAGCCAAGCAUCUGUGGGUUCAGCUCUGUCCUCAUAUCGAGUGGGUCUUAAUCACGUGUCCUCUCUGCUGCAGAGCAACAGCGGGCCCCAGAUGUUAGACAUAGCGGCCAUGCUUCAGGUGCUCCUCUGGGGGCCACGUGUCCCCCUCUUCAGUCACCGAGGCUCCACAACCACCGCGAUGCACAACUGGCUGACCAUCAAACGAGCCCUGCUGGUGAUGAAGUUGGCAGAAAGAGGACUGAUCCAGGAUCAGUCUGCUCUGGACUGGGAGGUCUGCUUGUGUCUGCAGUAUCUGUCAUUUACAGACUCUGAAACAAUCGAAAGUGUGACCAGUCAGUUGUGGAACUCUGAACACUGACGGAAACUUACAGUCAACAUGUAAGUAGCUGCUAUGAAUGAAACUGUUCCUUUGAUAAUGUAAACUUUUAAUCUACGCUAAAAAAAUAUUUCCAUCCUUUUCUGUAGCCCUAGCUUCACAUUCCUUUUUACAAUGUGAAAUCUGUUUGAUGAAAUGCAUCUCUGGUCAACAAUUAAUUUCUCAAUCAGCUUCUUGCUACAAGUGAUCAAACUGUAAAACUGUUUUCUGAGUUUCAUUAAAUGUUCUGUACAUCCAUCUUUUUGUGCACCUCUCACUGGUUUGCAGAGUGAUGUCUUUUUAUGCACCAAUCAAGAUUUCCAGAAAACUGCUUAAAAAUAAUAAUAAACAUUCUUCUGAAAACUCA